CUUUUAUGUAAAUUUUAGGCUUUACAUUAAUGCUCCUGACUUUCUUUAGUUUCAUCUAUAUUGUUAGCUUCGGCUUGAUGACCAAGGUAACGACCUAUAUCUGAAACCUACUUUUAAUGUAGUAGUUAGUAACUUGUAGAUAUUCGACGACAAAGGCUCUCCCCCACAGAUACAAAAGUGCUUUUUAUGAAGUUGUUGUUUAGGUUGGCAGCAUUGGUAGUCAUCCAACACGCGCUUUGGGGCACCUGAUGUGUGGGUCAAAAUUGCCACACACGUAAUAAUAAUAUUUUCUUUCGUCGCAAAGGAAAUUCCAUUUUUGGGUACCAAACUAUUUCUUCCUCUUUUUAUAUUAUAGAAGAUCAAUUGCAUGGAUUAUUGGUGAAUUGAGAACUGCACGGUACUGGAUUGCUUGGAGCUAUCUCUUGGGUUAGGCCUGCAAAGGCCCAUCACGGCCCAGGGAAUGAUCCGGAUGUUCGUGAAGAAUUAACCGUUGUUCUGCAAAUCCCUAUCCUGUCGUCCUGCCAGUUUCCGCCGAAUCGCUAGGCCACCGCCAAAUCACCCCCGGCUACCCUCUCGCCUCAACGGCCCCAGCGUGGUCUGGUCUCCCUCCUCCUCUCAAUCGCUGCAGGAAGCCAAGCGUACCAGCAAGCGCCAAUGGAGAGGCCUUGGCUGAUCCUAGGCCGAAUACUCUACGUCAACCCGCCCCGCGACGACGACGACAUGCUCGAGGUCGAGGACGCGGAGGAGCACGCCGUGGUCGGCGAAGCUCAAGCCGAGGAGGACGCGCAGGCGCAGGAGGAGCAGCACGCCGCGGCCGUGGACGCGGUGGUGGAGGCGCAUGAUGAUCAGCAAGCCGAGGUCGGGGAAGGCGGAGCCGAAGCCGAAGCCGAAGAGGAGGAACAGCAGGCUCAGCUGGAGGAGAGCAUCUUGAACGUGAACACGGACGCAGCAGCGUCGGAGGCGGCGCACGCGGCGCACGGCGCGGCGGAACCCGACUUCACCAUAUGGGUCGCGCCACCGCCGUGGCUAACGGACCUCGUCGCGGGCCCCGGUUCCCAUCCCGACCCCGCGAGACCCGACAUGUACCCCUACAUCAUCGCCUCCGGACGCUUCUGCCUCCUCGUCCACUUCUCCAUCGCUCCCUUCUACGGCACCAACUUCGAGAAGGAACCCAACCACAGCAACCUCGUGGUGGUGCGCCACUUCCGCAGGUCAGACAAUGGCCAGAUCGAGGCGCGCGCUGUGCACGUACCCGACCGCCCCGAGGACAACGUCAAUAUACCCGCCCUAGCCAAUAUCGAGAGCGUCGGCUUAAUAUGCAACCACGAAACAGGUCACUACCUGAUUGCCGAGCUCGUUGUUCCCACAGAUAAUCAAGACGAAUCCAGCGUCAUCUACAUAAGAACGGAGGAUGGCGUCUGGUACUCGAACUACUUUGCUUACCCCUUCUGGUGGGAGAGCCGCCGGCAUUGGGUACCCCACGGCUCUGUCACCAUAGGCAACGUGGUCUUCUGGUUCGACCUCUCGUGGGGGAUCAUCUUCUGCGACGACCUCACCCAGCCGCACGAGGAGCAAAUAUUGUCCUUCUUCCGCCUCCCGCGUGGUUGCGUUCUCCGCGACGGACACGCGCCGGACCUCCACUACAGCCGCUGCGUCGCUGUAAGCGAGAACGUGUUGCGGUACGUGCAGAUCAUCCGCAAACACGACCAAGCAGCGACGGUGCACAUGUGGUAUCGAAACCCGGAGCGAUGGAUCACCAACUAUAAUGAAAGCUUCGACGACAUCUGGGACGACGAAAGCUACAUCCAAACCGGGCUGCCACGGAAAUCUCCCGGGCUCGUGGGCGUCUCCCCGGUAGACUCCAAUGUGGUCUACUUCACCCUGGACCAGCGAUUGUUCGGAGUCGAUGUGCCCGAGCACCGGGUGGUGGACUGUGCGGAAAGUGUUGAGCCGCUGAACAGGACAGAGAUGCUGGACGAUUCGGUCUCAAGUCGCUCCUUGAUCACUUGGAACCUGGACGCGGAUGGAGCAAUAAACGUCGGACAUCAGCCGGAUGAACCUUCAGACCAUGCGGAUUCGACAAGCGAGGGUGGAACGAUGGAUGAAGGAGAGCUAGAUGAUCCAAGUGACUCCGAGAUAGUGGACAUGACCGAGCACUAGUCGUUCUUAGGCAUGGGAAACUCGGUCAGGACGACUAAAAAGAAGGGACAUGAACUGCUCCAUUUUUUGUUUGUGCAUGCUUUUCUUGUGGAGAUGUUAGAGAAGCUGAGGCUCCACGUGAUGGACUAAUUGAAACAUUUUGUCUACUAUAAUCUUUUUUCUUUCAAGAAUGCAUCCGU